AUGAAUUCGAAUUCCUCCAUCCCUCUCCUGGAAAUGCGCCUUAGCUUGAUGAAGGUCCCAAGAGAGGAGAACCAGUCCCUGCCGGGAAUCUGGAAUGGGAGCCAGGAGCUGGACUGGGAGGAGCUGGAGAAGAUGCUCUUCCUCUUUGUGAAGGAACCUGUCACCAUCAGCCUCACCAUCAUGUACUUGCUGUCGUUCGUGGUGGGAUUCGUUGGGAACGUCAUGUCCAUCAAGGUGCUCACCAGGAAGCGCAGCAGCAGGAUGUCCAGCCUGAGUGCCACCAGGAGCCUGCUGAUUAACCUGGCCAUCUGUGACCUGAUGGUGGUGUGUGUCUGCAUGCCCAUCACCGUGGGGAACUUGAUAUAUAAGGCCUGGGUGUAUGGAGACUUCCUGUGCAGGGCUGUGCCCUUCAUCCAGGCGGUGUCCGUCUCAGCCAGCGUGCUCAGCCUCACCGUCAUCAGCGUGAACAGGUACUACAGCGUUCACAACCCUCUCAAUGCCAGGUCAUUCUUCACCCAGAGGAAGAUCCUCAGCACCAUCCUGGUGGUGUGGGUCCUGUCCUCUGGGAUUUGCAUGCCUCUCAUAUUCAUGAACAAAAGGGAUGAGAUUGGGGUGGUGGAGGGACUGCCGCUGGUGGUCCCCAUCUGCAGGGAGAUAUGGCCCCAGGAGAGACUCAAACAAGCCUAUAACUUCCUGCUCUUCUGUGCCCUCUAUUGCCUGCCUGUGCUGUUCAACAUGGUCAUCUGUUUUCUGACCGUGCGCCGGCUGUGGAGCCGCACCGGCCAGCUGAAGGAGUGCAAUGCCCUGAACCGAUCCCUGCCAGCCUCCAGGCUGAAGAUCCGCAAGAAGGUUGCCCAGAUGGUUGUGGCCUUGGUCCUGCUGUUUGCCAUCUCCUGGCUGCCUGUCUACAUGAUGGACAUCUGGAUUGAUUUCAACAUCCCCAAGUCACUUCAGGACGUGACUCCAUCUCCCUGGGUCUUGCAGCUCAGACCUUUUGCUCAGUGGCUCGGACUCACCAACUCCAGCCUCAACCCCAUAUGCUAUUGCUUUGUCGGGAAUCUCUACAGGUCAGCAAAGGAAAUGAAAACCAAAUACCACCAAAGGAUGGUCUCUCUCUUUAACUUCUCCCUCUCUGAAGGGACCUCACCUUCUUCUGUCCCAGAGUUGCUCUCUUUCCAGAACUCCAUGGACUCAUCAAGAAAAGAGCCAAGCCACAACCCGGCAAUGGGCAAGUGGGGGCAGAGGGGCUCCGGCCCUAUAAGCAAGUGUGAAACCCCACUGGAGUCCUGCCAGCCUCCGUCUCUAAAUGCUGUCCCUGGUGAGAAGACUUCCCUAUAGCCCAUUUCAGGAAAAGCACCAAUGAAUACAUUCACCCUUCUUAAGAGGUGUAACAAACACAUCUGAUGACUCUUCAGGUGCUUUUCUGAAUCCGAUGUUUUAAAGGUGGGGAAAAAAUCAAGUGAUCUCAUCACCACCAGCACCAUCCCAAAUACAGAAAGGAAAGAAAAAAGAAGGGAAAUACUGAGAAAAAGACAUAUUUAGCUUCAGAUGAACUUGCCAGGAAAAAAAAGACAAAUGAUCUCUACUAGGGACAACUGGACACAACACGUUGCACAGCCCUCCCCCAUGUUAAAAGCUUUCUGGUAACAUGCCAGCCAGAUAGUCUCCUCCUGCAGCUCCAUCUCAGGACGCUGCAGCCAACAUGCAGGUCUGGUACAUUAGCCAUUGUGCAGUAUUUUGACCACUUGCAGCUGCUCACCCUGUGCUGAUAAAGCCCAAAUGGAACAAGCUCUCCUUUCUGCAAACAACAUCCAUUGUAGCUGCAAGCGCUGAAAGAAGCUGUAGGAACUAAGUAAUAAAAAUAGCAUUGGUGGAGAAUCUCGCACGCUCCGCCAUUUGAGACUUCACAGCCUGAUGGUAACACACUGGUGUCCCAUGCAAAUAAAUUCUCCUAAGAUGAACUGUGCCAGAAAUGCUAAAGUAAUCACUGCAGUUCACACCUGGACAUUCGCAAGAGAUAAUGCAGCUUCAGAAUCCCUCUGACAAGUAUAAUAGGAAAACAGGCUUUGGGCCAUGGGGAUAUUUCCUCUCCUGGAAAUUCAAGAAUAGAUGUAGGAUUUUGAAAAAGGGGCUGUGGUGGAGAGCUCACUGGCGUGGGGGAUGUGAGUGGUGGUGGAGAGUCACUGUGCAGGGACCAUGUCACUGCACCCUCCCUUUCCCCCCCCCGGUUCACUGUUUUACGUUCCUGUUUGUGGUUUGGAUGUCACUGGAUUUCUGCUCACACGACUACAGUCAAAAAGCCGGAUUUCC